AGAAGUCAGUGUGGAUCGUGUGUUUCGGCGGACUUGCGUGAAAGGCGGAAUCCAUGCGGAUGGCGCGUGUAAAGCAUAAUAUGUUUAAACUACUAAUCAAAUUAUAGCAGUAUAAUACAUUAUAAUAACCCACCAUGGAAAUAUUUGGAAGCAACUUCGACGACUCCGUGUUUUCGGAAGCGAAAGACCGAGGCUCCGUGUUCGUGUCGUCUUAUAACGCCAAACGCUGCGAGCCGGAGUGGUUCUGUGACAGUGCUGCUCUCCACACAGAUGAUUCUCUGCAGAAGCAGAAAGUUUUUAAAUUUCGAGGUGACCUGGCUGUGCGGCAAGGCAAUUACCAGACAGGCCUGGAUGCAUACAGCAGUUGUCUAGAUUGGAUCGGCAACAACAAUCUGUCUAUUAAGAGAGAUAUAUUGGAGGGAAUGGUUCGAUGUUGCACCAAGCUUGGUCAUAGAGACAGAGCGAUGGACUUGGUUGACAUUCUGAGCAAAGAAGCAUCAAACACGUGUCACUUGACCAGCCUGCUGCUGCUUAAGGUCAGCGUCUACCAACAUUUUGGUGCCAUCGGUCCCAGGAUGUUGUCUCUGCAGGACCUGUGCAGCUUGUUGCCCUUUAACCCCUGGAACUGGUUCAACCUGGGAAAGAUGUGUGUGCAGCUGCUCGAGGACAACACAGCCUUGGAGAAGAGCGCAGAAGCUGAGGACCCAGCAUAUCUCGCUGAAGGGAAAGUGUGGCUGAAGGCCUGCACGUGUCUCAUCAGGACCAGACUCCUGCUAGGAAUCUUGCAGCAGCAGCAGUCAUCCUUUGUGCUGCUGCGUAACCAAAAUGUCCUGCAAUCAGCAGAGGAAGCCUUAAAACAUCUUAACCCCAAAGAAAGCACUCUGCACACCCUCACUGAGGUGAUGUCAAAAGACCUGAACCCAGAGAAGAUGAAGGAGGACUACCAAGACGGCGAGAGUCUGUCCAGCGUGUGCUUGCAGAGCUUCAGUGAACGCUGGUGGAACAACAUCUUACUGACAGGAGUUCUGGAGGCCGAAGGACGAGACACGCGGAGCGACAAAACGUAAUGAAUGUUCCUGCGUGAACACAAAGCUGCUCUCAAUGUAGAAGAGAACUUGGACUGUUUCACUUGUUCCCACAAUUGAAAAAUCCAUCAAACAGCAUGAUUUUGUACGUUAACUUGAUGGCAAAUGGAGAAGUACAUGGUGGGAUUAAAUGUGUCACAUGAUUACGAUCACAAGAUUUAAAUGAUUUUGUGACCUUAAUGUGCGUCAUAAAAGGAACAAAGAUACAUUUGUAAAUCUGUUUUUUUAUUUACUUGAAAAUGUUAAUGUCUAAGGAUAUUUUAAUAAAAUAUUUUAUGCCA